AUGUCCUCUUCAACCUCACACACGUACCCUCAACCGUACCUCUCCUCCGGGACAUCCUCGACGGGUUUGACGUUCGAUGCUAGCAAGAUCAAGCUGCACAAACUGGUAUGGGAAGCGCCGCACGUUUUGCGAGUCAGUUUCGAUAGGAAACCAGUCAAUAGCUGGAUCGAGCCGUGAGUCGCGGGGCGAGGCGAGGCGAGGGAAAAGAAGAAAAGAAGUUCCGCAGCUCACACACCCUUCACCCUACGCUAGCAUGUGGCGAGAAUUGGCGGCCAUCUUUGCACACAUUCGCACGGAUGCGAAUGUCAAUGCGGUGGUGCUGAGCGGCGAGGGCAGGUGUUUCACUGCCGGUCUGGAUCGUGAGUCGGGGCUGGGGGGAGAAAUGUAGUGUCACAGCAGCGGCUUGUCGCACGUGCCACGUGCCUCGCCUAUCCUGACCGAGCUCGAGCUUGCAUACAUACAGUCUCUUCCUCUUCUCUGAGCGCCAUUCUGGAUCAAGAGACGGACGUAGCUCGUAGAGCGUGGCGCGUUCGUAUCUGGCUGAGGGAGCUGCAAGAUGCUCUGACGAUGAUGGAAAAGUGCGAUAGACCCAUCGUUGCAGCUGUGCACGAUGUGGCGUACGGUCUGGCCAUCGAUCUGCUGUGCUGCGUCGAUGUGAGGAUCGCAGAGAGCAAAGCUAGAUUCUCCAUCAAGGUUAGUCGCGGCCGAGCGUGAGGGGUCGGCGUCGGCGUCGGCGUCGGCACGACACUCUACUUACACACCACGCUGCCGACAUGUACAGGAAGUGGAUGCGGGAUUAGCAGCAGAUGUGGGCACCUUGCAGCGUUUCCCAAAAAUUGUAGGCAACGAGUCGGCAGCGAGGGAGCUAGCAUUGACAGGCAGAGAGUUUGACGCUCAAGAAGCGCUACGCAUCGGAUUUUUGAGUCGCGUGGUGGAAGGAGGCAGAGAUGGCGUGCUUGGUGAGCGAGCGAGCGAGGGAGCGAGCGCUGCACGAGCCGCGGGGGGACGCGCGGGGGGGACGCGCUGAUGGCAGCCGCUGACACUCCCAGCCCCGCACGCACGCACGCACGCACGCACGCACGCACGCACGCGCACCCAGCCGCGGCCAUCGCAAUCGCAAAGGACAUUGCAUCCAAAGCGCCCAUCGCUGCGCGCGGAACCAAAGAUUUGCUGCUUCAUGCCCGGGAUCACAGGUGAGCGUGGGUGAGCGUUGGUGAGACGUUUACUUCGCAUCUGGCUGACCUGACCGCCCUGCCACAGCGUCGAUGAUGGUCUGGCAUACACGGCGGCUUGGAACGCCGCCAUGCUGCAGAGCGAAGACAUACCCGUCGCGGUGAGUUGCAAGAGGCGCGCAUCGCAUCGCAUCGCAUCGCUCGCUCUCUCGUCACUCAUUGAACUCGCGUUCGCGCCCUUGUAGAUGGCCGCCGUGCUUCAAAAGAAGAAGCCCACGUUUGAAAAGCUUUGA